AUGGAGGCCUUUGUUGAUGUUCGAAUGCUCGGUUUGUGGGCGUCGUCUAAGGCGGCUACAUGUACUAACGAGAUCUCAGAGUGCCAGGAUGUCAUGCACUUCCUGCUGGCAGCAGAGGAGCUACUGCUAUCAGGAAAGAGUGAGCGGAAGGUUCUCGUGCACUUAGGUUGCGACGUCUACGAGCCUGGUCUUUGCGACUUAAAUGGGUGGAUAAAGAUCCACCUCGGCGCAGGGAUUGUGGUUGAGAUGACCUAUGCAGAGGCCAAGAAGUAUUUGACACGGCGGAUUCGUGAUCUUACCGAUGAGAUAGACGAACUUCAUAAGACCAUGGCUGAUUGCGCAGCUUUAUGUUCUAAUUGA